CCCGGCCGCUCUAGCGGGGCGCGGGCACCAUCGAGGCGGCGGCGGCGGCGGGCCCCGACGUCACUCCCACAAUGCCCCGCACAAUGGGGCCGCCGCGGCCUGCGCCGGAGCCGCGCCUGGCGGGGCCCGGGGGAGCGGGGUAGCUUUGAAACUGGCACAGAUGGCUGAGCUCGUGCGGAGGGAAAUAAGCAAAUACCUGGAGGAAGUGGCAGAGAGUCCUGGAACGUGUACGCAGCCCUGACGCAGGAGACAGAGAACAUUUAUCACUUUCGGCACCCAUCUCAUCAUACAGAGGUGAAAUACUGGCAGUCCUACACGCCAACAAAGACAGACCGCUCCGAAACACGGGAUUCCUGCAGCCUAAAGGGUAGGAGCAGCCGCCACGUCACGCUGUGUUGUACCAAAGUGGCGCUCAGCAAUCCCAGUCCUUUUUUGUCGUGCUCUGCCUGCGUAGAUUCAGCCUGCCCAAACCUGAAUCCUGUUCCUAACGGACGUUUCCACACCUCCUACGCAGUGACACAUUGUCUUGGAGCCAUCCCGUUUCCCGGUGUUUUCCACCCCGAGGGAACGGCUCGCGGUAUCGGGAUUGAUUGUGUGGCUGCCGUUAUUGUUAUUUCAGCUAUUUAUAACGUUCCGCGGUGCCCUCUCUUAAUGGGGGUUGGUUAGUUCCCUCGCAGUUGCACAUCCUGCCCACAACUGGCACUCUUGUUGAUGUGCAGGCAGGAAGUUCCUCCCUCUGAAGCAAUCAUGGAGUGAGAAAGAGCUUGAGGGUUUGAUGCUAUUUUAAGAAGUUUCUUAGGUAGCUAAAUUCAGCGAGAGAGAGCUUUUCUGAGGUUUUUAUUCCAUCUCACCACGUACUGGUGUAAGUGCUGGUAGAACCUGACAGAAAUGCAGUACUCUGCCAACAAGACAAACGCAACCCAAGAACAGCCCGCUGGCAGAGAUCAGGAGAGAUUUUCUUCUACAUAAAAGCCAGCAGAGAAUCGCCAUAGAUUAAGAGGAUGCAGGAGGUGUGUUUGGUUGAGUGGGUGAUAGUUUGAAGUUCCAUAUCGAUGGAUAAGGGUGUAAAAGAAAAAAAAUAUGUUUAUUACUGUAGAAAACUUGGAAUACAGAGAGGCAGAAUUUGCCCCACAGAAGAAAAGAGAAAUGACAGUGACUUAUCGCGCCCUCAAGAGAAGUAGCACCUGCUGCCUUCCUGAAAGAGGUAGCUGUGUGACGGUGCUGAUAGCACCAAGCUUUCUUCCACAGCCCUGUUCGCCCGCGUGGGGCAACGCAGAUUGGUUUGCUGGGAGACGGUCUUGCUAGUGCAGUGUGUUGGUAGGAGAGUGGAUGAAAAAAGAAAUAAUAAAUACCUUAAAUUUCUGGCCCAGGGGAGCAAAGAGCAAGAGCAAGGGAGAGUAGACAUGAAGAACGUGAAAAAAGGGGAUGAGGAACGCUCUGCAAAAGAUGCUGGGAAAGGCGAGGUAUUUAGGGCUCCAGAGGCAAACCCACCUAUUUCAGGAGAAAAUGCACGCAGCAGGUAACGCUGGCUCUUUAUUCAGGGAGACGGAACAGGGGUUAAGAGAGGAAAGAACCAGGCGUAUUCUGGAGCUGGGAAUUCCCCAUGUCUGUGAACGUGCAGCACGAGCGCCUUCGCGCAUUUGUCGCGCUUGCUGAUGCUCACCCGCGUUUGCGUGCUCAGGUGGAAGAUGUAGUGGGUUAACACCAACUCUUCUGUGAUUCCAGAUGAUGAUGUUUUGCUGUUAAAGCAGUUUGGUCACAGAGGGUUCCAACUGAAACUGCACCCAGACAACGUCACGGCAAGACGCCUGCAGGCUCGAGUUCUGCUUGACAUGGCCGUGUUCCACUAGGCCUGCCAUGACGGCAUUUUUUCCCAGUGUUCCCAACUGGAUUCAAGAUGCAAAGCAGGAGGAGGAAGAGACAGGCUGGAAAUUAGUUCCCAGGCCAAGAGGUGAAGAGACUGAAAGUCAGGGAAAAUGCCAAUGUGAAAUAUCAGAGACCUCCUUCACUAACGUGGACAAGCUGAGAACUCACACGCUUUCUCAUACCGAGCAGCGACCGUACAACUGCCCCCAGCUGCACUGUGGCAAAGCCUUUGCUUCUAAGUACAAGCUGUAUAGGCAUAUGGCCACUCACUCUGCUCAGAAGCCUCAUCAGUGCAUGUACUGCGAGAAGAUGUUUCACCGGAAGGAUCACCUUCGCAACCACCUGCAGACCCACGAUCCCAACAAGGAGGCCCUCCACUGUCCCGAGUGUGGCAAGAACUACAACACCAAGCUUGGUUUCAGGCGACACCUGGCCAUGCACGCGGCUGCCAGCGGUGACCUCAGCUGCAAGGUAUGCCUCCAGACAUUCGAAAGUACCCAAGUCCUGCUGGAGCACCUCAAAGCUCAUUCUAGACGGGCUUCUGGCGGGGCGAAGGAAAAGAAGCAUCCGUGUGACCACUGUGACAGGCGCUUCUACACCCGGAAAGAUGUGCGGAGACACUUGGUGGUGCACACGGGGCGGAAGGAUUUCCUGUGCCAGUACUGCGCUCAGAGGUUUGGGCGGAAGGAUCAUCUGACCAGGCACAUGAAGAAAAGCCACUCCCAGGAACUGCUGAAGAUUAAGACGGAGCCCGUGGACAUGCUGGGUCUCCUAAGCUGCAGCUCGUCUGUAGCAGUAAAAGAAGAGCUGAGUCCCGUCCUGUGUAUGGCAUCCAGAGACAUGAUAGGUGGUAAGAGCUUCCCUGGCAUGCUGCCCGUGGGCAUGUACAGCACGCAUCUCCAAACCAUGCCAAGCUCAGGAAUGCCCCAUUCUUUGGUUCCUAAUUCUCUUCCAAUGGGAAUGAGUUAUCCUCUGGAGUCUUCUUCUCCCAUCUCCUCCCCACCGCAACCUCCUCCAAAGUAUCAGCUUGGAUCUACCUCAUAUUUGCCUGAGAAACUACCCAAAGUAGAGGUGGACAGCUUUUUGUCAGACUUCCCUGGCAGCCUGUCUCUCUCGUCUGGUGAGCCUCAGUCCUCUUCGCCUCAGCCACCCCCUCUGGACGAGGCUUUGCUUUCCAAGAGCCCUGCUAACCUUUCAGAGGCUCUCUGUGCUGCUAACAUGGACUUUUCUCAUCUUCUUGGCUUCCUCCCCCUAAAUCUUCCUCCUUGCAAUCCACCUGUGUCUUCAGGGGGAUUGGUCAUGGGCUACUCACAGGGGGAGACGCAGCCACUGCUUACCACUUUGCAACAUCAACCUCAAGAAUCUCCUGGAGCUGGGGCCUCCCUGAACUUUGGGCCCCUUCAUUCAUUGCCCCCCGUCUUCACCUCCAGCUUGAGCACAACCACGCUGCCACGUUUCCACCAGGCGUUCCAAUAAGCUGAAAAUAGCACUGGAGAACAGAUCUUUCAGUCACCCUUCUGUGGAGAGCCUUAAAAACGCACAACUCUUACUUCCCUUUGGGGUGCGAAAGCUUUGCAAAGCUGUUUCAGACAGGAGGUUUCUGAUCUCUGGAGGGAGCACUUGUAGACUGGAACAGCAGAGAUCCCCAUGCAAGUCCCAGUCCUGUACAGCAAGAAGUUUUCAGCUAAUAGACUGGAUAUAUUUUAUCUAAUUCUUAAUCUGUGAAUCAGGAGCCACACUUAGCACUGACCUUCCCUGAGAUCCUGGAGCUAUGUUCCUCUUUGGGAAGGGAUCGUCCCUGAGAAGGAGUUGAGACUCUUUCAUCCGGGGCUAAACUUUUGAAGAGUCCAGCUUCCAUUUCAUGUUACGACACUGCAGUUCUGGCAAAACAGCCAAUACCUUCACACGGAGAAGGAGAAGUCAGGACACCCGCUGUGUAUGAAGCCAACGGGGAGGAGGCUGUCCUUCCCCACUACCUCUCAUCCCAUCACCUCAUACAGCUUACUCCACCGAAUACAGCUUACUCCACGUCAGUGUUAAGCACCGAGACCGUUUACAUGGAGAAUUCAGCUCACGUCACCUCAUUCUUCUUUGCGGAGCCGUUAGGUUCAACUCAUUACAGUGACCUUUGUUUACACAAUGCAAAUCUGUCCCCACCGUUACAACCAUAGGAGGCACCAGGAUACACUGGCUUUAUAUCUGGUGUAGCUAGAACACUGUUUACACGAGGAAGUCAGGUUGCACUGAUUUCUCUUCACUUAUCACGUUCUUCCCCCAUGGGGAAAUACACUGCUUUUUCGGACCAUUUCAGCCUCUGCCCCUGCAGGCAGCAGCUUCCUGUGUAUUUUCUCUGACUACCCACGUGUCAAGGGGAUGGAGCAGCUCGCAGAACUUAGCUUGUUUUUGUGGUGUAUGGAUAAAGCCCUUUUAAGUAUCUCCCGCAGGCAAACAGAUCGUGCAUCUGUUCUGGAAACCAAAGCAUGUGAAGAAGCUGGGUGAGGAGGGGGCAGCAGCACUGAGUACCGUCCGACCAGGCACGGGUGGGAACGAGCUUCAGGCCCUCGCUCCACGGGUUCCCUUGAGAUGAGGAACAGAGUACGAGUUUCUAGUGUUUGGUUUGUUGUUUGUUGGUUGUUUUUUUUUGUUUUGUGUUUUUUUUUUAACCACAACAGUUCAGUGAGGUCAGUACCCUUUUGGCUUAUCUACGAAGCAGUCUCGAGAGAUAGAUUUAUUUUUUUUUAAACCUCUGUCGUAGGGUGAUAACAGCAAGGAAUUGGGAGGAAAAAUUGGUCCCAGCUUCAUUUACACUCUGUUACUGUAUUUGAAGCAUUUUUCCCAACACUAAUAGUUGCAACAAAUGCUGAGAGUUUGGGCCUGCAGUCACCCUUUCACUUAGGAUUUGGUUCCACUGGCCUUUUUGUUCUCUCUUUUUUUUUUUGAGCCUUGCCUCUUGAAGUUCUGCUUCCCUUGCUCCCUGCCCCACCUCUUAAAUUCUUCCCCGGACUGUCUCCCUCCCGAGGGCAGAAGGGUUACACUGCUAAGUGGCAGCGAGCUGCUGGAUGUCAUUUAGCAUUGUCUUGUCUCCUGCUCUCAUUUUCCUGGGCACUUGUAUUGAAGUAGUGACAUGUGGAGGUCACUCUCACCGUGCAGUAGUACAUGUUUAUGAUUACAGACAUGCAGAUCCUUGUACCUCAGCAUGCAGGAACCACUGUAGGCCAAUAUAAACCAGGAAAUCUGUCAAUAUUGUUCUCUAUAAAUCCAGAAAAUGCAAAAUCUACCUCUGUUCUGUUACCCCAGCUCCUUCCGUGAAGCCAGAUACUGCCCUUGCUCAGCUCCCCGGAGCACACCCGCUGCAGUCAGGACGCGUUAACCUUCUGCUGAGCCACCGAUCCCACAGCCUGACAUCAGCCGUGCCUCACGUUUUAUGGGCUUGUCCCCGUUCCAUUUUACUCACAAAUUUUAUUUUAAUUUAGUUUAGUAAUUCCUCCCAGAAGGACUGCUUAGUGAUCCAUUGAUUCUCCAAACCAUAGACCGUUUGUUUUAGGUUAGCCAGCGAUGCUGCAAAUAAUACUUCUGUAUCAAAAUGUAAUAUAAGAUUUAUUUACCUCAGCAAUAUCCUGUGGCAAUGAUCUCCCUGAGUUAAAUGCAGUACUUCCUUUUCUCCACUGUAAGAUGUUGCCUUUCAAAGUUCAACGAGUGCCUUCUUGUUCUCUAACAUAGAAAAGGUAAAUAGGGCAUUUCAGCUAGUCUUCUGUUUACCACCACUGAAUACCUCAGUCCCAUCUCCUGCUGCUUUUCUCUUGGCAAACUGAAGAGUUUCUCAACGUUAUCAAUAAUAUGCAAGCCUUACCCCGUCUUCAGUCGAGAUAUUUUUUUUUGAGAAAUAAAUGGCCAGAACUGAUCACUUACUGCAAGUGAGGAGUAGCAGAGUUAUGCAAUGCCAUCGCACACCUUCUUCUUCCCUUUCCGAGUAUUCAGCUUUCUUGCUUUUUGCCUGCAUUGUACUCUCAACAGAUGUCAUCACUGGAAUUCCUUUAGCAGCGGUAGCUAAACUUAGAGCCAGGCAUCUUUUUCCUACCAGUAGUCUGUCAAAGAAUAAAUGGAAUUCAUUUCGCUAUUA